GCGCACCAAUCAUUUCACGACAAUUUGACCUUCAGGUGCUCGCAACCCCCAUCAGUGGACGAUACCCCUGAAGCGUUGUUCUGUUCCACUUUACAUCCAGUUAUCUGAGGACACAAAAGCGAUACUACAAUUGUAGUCAGAAGUUUAAAUUAUGGCGAAGCAUCAUCCAGACCUUAUUUUCUGCAGGAAACAACCAGGUGUUGCUAUCGGUCGUUUGUGUGAAAAGUGUGAUGGGAAGUGCGUUAUUUGUGAUUCUUAUGUUCGCCCGUGUACUCUUGUUCGUAUAUGUGACGAGUGUAAUUACGGAUCAUAUCAAGGACGUUGUGUUAUAUGUGGUGGUCCAGGGGUUUCGGACGCUUAUUACUGUCGACAGUGCACGUGUCUCGAAAAGGAUGUGAGUGUUUCUCGAUUCUCUUUAAUUAGAUAUUUUUACUUAGAGAGAUGGGUGUCCUAAAAUCGUCAAUUUAGGGAGUGCGAAAACUGAUCUGUUUUAUGAACGUAAGAAAUAUGGAUUCAAAAAACGCUGACCUGUUCCAAAAAAUACAUCUUUUGUAAAUGUUUUUCACUUCAUAUAUUAUCAGUAAAGCUUUUUCCUAAUUGUUUCUUUUCGUGUGUUACUUUGUAGUGAUAUGAUUAUUAUUCUUAACUUAAUUGUAUUCAUAGUAUUUACAUUCUUCAUAUAUGUACGACGUGACUUUCGGAAGUUAAAAGGAUACUGCGGGUGCUAUCAUUGAUAGUUGGCAACCCCUCAGGUUUUUAAAGAAUGUGACCUCCAAAACAUUAUCUAACUGGAAUCUGAG